AGGCGCGGGCGCACGCGCCCCGCCGCCGCCCGCCGUUCCUGCCUCCGGCAGAGGUGGGGGAAGGGGGAGUCGUUCUGUUUAACCCUGAGUUACCCGAAUCCUCCUUAAUUUGCUAAAUUUGCAGUUUGCUAUUUCUUACUUCUUUCACUUUCCUUCUUCCCUCUGGCUCACUCCCUUUCCCUCCACUAAAGUCUGAUAGUUUAGGCGGAGUGGAGCGGGCCCUAACCUUAACUCAUCCCCACCCACCCCCAUCCUUUUUGCCUCGCUUUCCACCAAACUCUGCAAAUUUUGCAAUAGGGGGAGGGAUUUUUUAAAUUGCAUUUGCAAAGUUCGGUAUCUGGGCAGGCGAGGGGAGGGAGAGAGGGAGUGGGGAGCAGGCCCCGCCCCCACCGCCCUUUGCAAAUAAAAAUCUAGGGGGGUGGGGAGGAGCAGGAAGUGGCGGUGCGAGGGCUGCUGCACAGCUAGCAGAGCCGCGGUCCGGACGGCAGCGCGUGCCCCAAGCUCUUCGUCUUCCCCCGCCCGCCAGCCCGAGCCCAGCCCGCGGCCCCAGCAGCAGCCCCGAGAGCAGCCCCAAUAGCAGCGCCAUGGCCGGGUGGAACGCCUACAUCGACAACCUCAUGGCGGACGGGACCUGUCAGGACGCAGCCAUCGUGGGCUAUAAGGACUCGCCCUCCGUCUGGGCCGCCGUCCCCGGCAAGACCUUCGUCAACAUCACGCCUGCUGAGGUCGGUAUACUGGUUGGCAAAGACCGGUCAAGUUUUUUCGUGAACGGGCUAACGCUUGGGGGCCAGAAAUGUUCUGUGAUCCGGGACUCACUGCUGCAGGACGGAGAAUUUACCAUGGAUCUUCGUACCAAGAGCACCGGUGGAGCCCCAACCUUCAAUAUCACUGUCACCAUGACUGCCAAGACGCUAGUCCUGCUGAUGGGCAAAGAAGGUGUCCACGGCGGUAUGAUCAACAAGAAAUGUUAUGAAAUGGCUUCUCACCUGCGGCGUUCCCAGUACUGACCUCGUCUGGCCCUCCCCUCACCACUCCCCACUGCUUUUGCACCCCUCUCCUUCCCACACACAUACAUACACCAUUUUUAUUUUUGGGGCCAUUACCCCACACCCCUUAUUGCUGCCAAAACCACAUGGGCUGGGGGCCCGGGCUAGAUGGACAGACACCCCCUGCCCCCAACCCAUACCCCUCCUGUGUGUGGUUGGACAAUUUUUUUGUUUUUUGGGUUUUUUUUCUGAAUAAAAAAGAUUCUACUAACAA